AUAUAAGUAUCGCAAAUAAAACUUUUCAGUCAAAAUCACAAAAAUGAAGUACUUCCAAACGAUACUUUGCGCCUCUUUCAUUAUUAACAGCGUUGGGGCCAACCUACCUUCUGGUUUUAAAAAAUGUAACGUAAAGCAAAUCUUCUCCCACUUGUGUCUACGGCAAGCUAUUGAAAGUGCAAUAAAGCAAAUGGAUCGUCCUAUAAAGAGCUUGGGUUUAGUGAGCCUAGAACCUUUGGUAAUACCAUCUCUGAUUAUAGAUGCUGGUUCUCAAGUUGUGCACACUCAGCAAAUUUACAAAAAUAUGAAACUGUCGGGUUUCAAUGAAACAUCUUGUUCCAAAGCUGAAUUUAAUUAUACCACGAAAACGUUAAAUCUGGAGUGCGUCGUGCCACGUUUCCUCAUGCAAUUUAAUUAUGAAGUAAAUGGGAAAUAUUUGAUGAUAUCUGUUUACGGAAAAGGAACAGGCUGGUUGGUUUUUCUGGAUAAUCACCUUGAGCUUACCUUUCAGUUUGGAGAAUACGAAAAGAAGGGUAAAACAUACUUUAAUAUACUCCAUCAACAUCUGAAUAUGCGACCCAAAGAUAUUGAUUUUCGUUUGGAAAAUUUGUUCGAUGGUGAUGAAGAAUCGAGUGAUCGUGUUCAGAAAAUAGCAAAAGAAAAUAUCUUCGACAUGUAUAAUGAUGUUAAAGGUGGUUACGAAGAAGCCUUUGGAAAAGUAUUUGCUUACAUUUUUGAGCAGAUUUUGGAGAAAGUGCCUGUUUAUGAUAUUUUUGGUUAAAUGAUUUUUGUUGUUUGUAAUGACGUUGAUUUUAUGUACAUUUUAUACCCUACGGAAAAUUAAAAUCAUAAUUUAACUUCAGUUCUAUGAGCGAUCUCGUUUAAAGAUAUGAAAGCCGUCUAAUGAGAUUCAGUUCCAAAUACAGAGAAUGAGCUUUUUGAAGCUUUCGUUGUACUUUAAGACCAGUGUUGGGGACAGAUACUUUUAAAAGUAUCUAG